AUGUACGUGGUUAAGUCCCCCGUUUCCAACCGUGCAUGUACGCUAAGCAUCGAUUUAAUUGAUCCGAAAAACGAAAAGUCAUCGUCUUCUUCAUCAGGUAGAAUCAAACUUAGUGAUGGAAGAUACUUAGCUUACAAAGAACGAGGAGUCCCGAAGAAUGAAUCGACUUACAGAGUCGUUAUUGUUCAUGGAUUCGCUAGCAACAAAGAGAUGAACUUCAUGGCUACCCAAAAACUAAUGGAUGAAUUGGGGAUUUAUCUUGAACAAUUCGAUAGAGCUGGAUAUGGAGAUAGCGACCCAAAUCCAAAGCGUUCGUUUAAGAGUGAAUCGUCAGAUAUUCAAGAACUUGCAGACCAAUUACAACUUGAUAUUUUCGGGGUAAAACUUCAUAAAUGGGGAAGUGAAAUGACAGAAUUGCCCUUCACUUAA